AUGGAAAAACAAGCUGACAACAAAGAAAAAUUUCCUGCAGCGUUAAACUUACUUAGUCAUAUAAGAAAAUCCAUUAAAUGUUCUAUGAAAUGUUUUAUCUGUUCAAUAACAAAGCACACAUUUUGCAAAAUGCCUGGCGAAAAUCCACAAAAACAUUUUGUUUCUUUUCCAUACUCAAGAUUAACUUGA